AUGAAUGGGGGUGAUAUCAAGAAGGCUGUGAUCAAUAAAGGAAAGCAAAUGGCAAGCGUUGCCUCGGCAGCCGCCAAUGGCAAUGGCAGCAAGAAGAGAAGAAAGGGCACUGAUUUAAAACCGAUAGUCACAAACGAGAACAACAUGGCGGUGGACUCGAAUUCGGGGAGUACUUCUAGCCAAGGUGUGCCGGCCGCAUCCUCUCUCCCCCAUCAGAAAGCUGCAUACGGUAUUCCGCUGUCGCGCUCCGAUUCGUCAUCAUCCGGAGAAGAGCAGGAAACCACGGCGGAUGAAGAGGAUUCCGAGGAUUACUGCAAAGGCGGUUACCACCCGGUACAUGUGGGCGAGACAUACAACAACGGCCGGUACGUUGUCGUUCGCAAGCUGGGAUGGGGUCACUUUUCUACGGUGUGGUUAUCGCGCGAUACGACUAGCGGCAAACACGUCGCAUUAAAAGUGGUGCGAUCGGCCGCACACUACACCGAAACCGCGAUCGAUGAAAUCAAAUUGCUCAACAAGAUUGUCCAGGCGAACCCGAGUCACCCGGGUCGGAAACACGUUGUGAGUCUGCUAGACUCGUUCGAACACAAAGGUCCCAACGGUGUGCAUGUGUGUAUGGUGUUUGAGGUACUCGGCGAGAAUUUGCUCGGAUUGAUCAAACGGUGGAAUCACCGUGGCAUCCCAAUGCCCCUGGUUAAACAGAUUACGAAACAGGUGUUGAUGGGGUUGGAUUAUCUGCAUCGGGAAUGCGGUAUAAUUCAUACCGAUUUGAAGCCGGAGAACGUCUUGAUUGAGAUUGGCGAUGUGGAACAGAUUGUCAAGACGUAUGUGAAGGAGGAACAAAAGAUGGAAAAGGAAGAUAAUCGCAGUGGUCGCCGACGGAGACGGACACUCAUUACGGGGAGUCAACCACUCCCGAGUCCUUUGCAUACUAGUUUCAGCCAGAUGGAUCCAUUUAAAAUGCUCGGUUCCCAUAGUAGCCUGAACCAGGUGAUGAGUGAGUCUGAUACGUCGAAAGCCGGAUUGUCAAUGAAGGAUUCAUUGGGUAUUAAGGAAAACAUUCCCACGAUUCCGGAAGAUGAGAAGCAAAAGCAGCGCGAAAAGACAGCUGAUCUACUGGAACGAGAGGUGUCCGGUAUUUCUCUGAAUACAAACACAUCCGAGUCGUCUAGCCCAGAAAAAGAGGGUGAAAACGACAUUAUUUCCGUCAAAAUUGCAGAUCUUGGUAACGCUUGCUGGGUUGGUCAUCAUUUCACAAACGACAUUCAGACACGUCAAUACCGGUCACCAGAGGUUAUUCUAGGCGCAAAAUGGGGUGCCAGUACAGAUGUAUGGAGUAUGGCAUGCAUGGUCUUCGAACUAAUAACAGGAGACUACCUCUUCGAUCCCCAGUCCGGCACCAAAUACGGCAAAGACGACGACCAUAUUGCGCAAAUAAUCGAAUUACUAGGCAGCUUCCCCCGAUCCCUCUGCAUGUCCGGCCGCUGGUCUCAAGAAAUCUUCAACCGCCGCGGCGAACUCCGGAAUAUCCAUCGCCUCCGUCACUGGGCACUACCAGACGUCCUCCGCGAAAAAUACCAUUUCUCAGCCGAAGAAGCCAAACAAAUAAGCGACUUCUUAUUACCGAUGCUCGAACUGAUGCCAGAGGAUAGAGCAAAUGCAGGUGGAAUGGCGAGUCAUGGGUUUUUGAAAUCGACCUUGGGCAUGGAUGAUGUUCCGGAUUUGGGGAUUGAGCCGGGGACGAAAGGGGAAGGGAUUGAGGGUUGGGCUUCGGAGGUUAAGAGGCGGUAGUCUUUUUGCUUCUGCCACUGGUCAGCUGCAAUUUGUGUGUUCGUGGAGCUGUGGUUGUGGUUGUAGAUGCAUACCCUGCCCAAUCCUUUCGUCAUGACUGUUUUAAUGUUCAUUCGAUUGCAUGUUGUGUUUUCUUUCACCUACUAUAUGACAUUCAUUUGAAAAGAACUUCUUUCCCCUCUCAUUCCCUAACGUUUUGGUAUUGUUUGAUACGAUCAUGAAUAUUACUGGAUGUUUUUUGAGGAUGGUCUGAUCUUAUCAGAUUCGAUAAUCUGAAGAUCGAUUGGUUCCGGAA